GAUAAGUUCUAAACUCGGUGCUUAAGUUGUCUUGGAUAAAACAAAAGUCUAAUCAUAUUUAAGAGAUGGUAAGAGCCCCUUUCUAUGACAAAAAUGGUCUCAAAAAAGGUGAAUGGAGUAGAGAAGAGGAUGAGAAGUUAAGUGCUUACAUUCAGAAACAUGGUCAUUCUAAUUGGCGUCAACUCCCAAAACAAGCAGAUUUAAAGAGGUGUGGAAAAAGUUGCAGACUUCGAUGGUUGAAUUAUUUAAGACCAAAUCUUAAACAUGGGAGUUACUCAAGUGAAGAAGAAGAAAUGAUCAUCAAAUUACACCACCGACAUGGAAAUAAAUGGUCUUUGAUUGCUGAAAAGUUGCCUGGAAGAACAGACCAUGAGAUAAAGAAUUAUUGGCAUAGCUACCUAAAAAAAAGUUCAAAGAUCAACGAGAUCAAAUUUUCUGAUCAAUUGAAUCAAAUGUCAUGUGAUAGUAAUGUUGAAGAAAAUAUUGAAACUAAUAAUUUUGAAACACCUGAAACCCCAAGUUCUAAUGCUGGUAAAGAUUGUCUUUAUAUUUUAGAAAGCUCAACAAUAUUACCUAUGUCCACAGAAACAUCAACAGGAGACAACUAUUUGCCUACCUUAGAGAACUGUCCAAGAACAGAGGAAGAUGAUGUUGCUCCAUGGUUAACUUUUGAAGAAUUUAGCGGCGAUUUUUGGACAGAACCAUGCAUCUUAGAAGAUACAUACAUCACUAAUAAUGAGAUAUCUAACGACGAAAUAGACAUAGACUUGUUUCUUCAAGACUUCUUUGAUUGUUCUUAUUCUUAUGCGUUUUAAAAUCUUGAAGUCUUUCCUUGAGUUUCGUGAGUUUUUCAUCGUAAUUUUUUGUAUUUCGAAAGUUUUAACUAUUUUGAAAAUGAAUUGUUAGAUUUCGAGCUCUUGCAAAUCUUUA